UAGGUAUAUAGCCUAUAUCCGAGUACGGAGUAACACUCCAAAAACGCUCACGGUGCCGGUGCCGAACUCAUAAGCAAAUUGAAUUCCUUUAGAACCUCUGGAAUCUGGAACCUCUCAUAUGUGAUACGCAAAGCUCGAAUUGCAGAAGCUCGUUCCAGAAGAUUUUAUUUUGCUAAUACUCAAGGACAUGGCCAAUUAUCUACCUGCGACCACUGAUUCCCUCUCACUGGCCUUGGAAGCGAAGACCGCAAUAGAGUCUAUAUCAAUCCUGAGAAGAGUGCUUGACGAUCCUUCUUCUUCCCCUGAUGCCUUGCGCAUAAAGGAACAAGCAAUUACAAAACUUACUGAUUUUCUUAGACAAGAAAACAAGGCAGAGGAACUUCGGACCCUUCUGACCCAGUUGAGGCCCUACUUCUCCUUGAUUCCCAAAGCUAAAACUGCAAAAAUUGUCCGGGGCAUUAUUGAUGCAGUGGCUAAAGUACCUAAUACAGCUGACCUCCAGAUUUCUCUUUGCAAGGAAAUGGUACAGUGGACCCAUGCUGAGAAGCGAACUUUCCUUCGCCAACGAGUUCAGGCCAGACUUGCUGCUCUGUUGAUGGAGACUAAGGAGUACUCUGAAGCGUUGUCGCUCCUCUCAGGUCUGAUAAAAGAGGUCAGAAGACUAGAUGACAAACUUCUCUUAGUGGAUAUUGAGCUGCUGGAAAGCAAGCUUCAUUUCUCUUUGAGAAACCUCCCCAAAGCCAAGGCUGCACUUACUGCCGCUAGAACAGCAGCCAAUGCCAUAUAUGUGCCUCCAGCUCAGCAAGGGACUAUUGACCUCCAGAGUGGGAUACUGCACGCCGAGGAGAAAGAUUAUAAAACUGGCUACAGCUACUUCUAUGAAGCUUUUGAGGCUUUUAAUGCUCUUGAGGAUCCCAGAGCAGUAUAUAGUCUGAAAUACAUGCUUCUAUGUAAGGUGAUGGUGAAUCAAGCUGAUGAUGUUGCUGGAAUCAUAUCUUCCAAAGCAGGUUUGCAGUACUUGGGCCCGGAUCUUGAUGCCAUGAAAGCUAUUGCUGAUGCUUAUUCAAAGCGUUCUCUGAAACUCUUUGAGGCUUCAUUGGAGAACUUCAAGGCUCAACUCGAAGAAGAUCCUAUUGUUCACAGGCACCUAUCAUCUCUUUAUGACACUCUAUUGGAGCAAAACCUUUGCAGAUUAAUCGAGCCAUUUUCAAGGGUUGAGAUCGCCCACAUUGCUGAGUUAAUCGAACUCCCUGUUGAUCAUGUAGAGAGGAAAUUAUCUCAGAUGAUUUUGGAUAAAAAAUUUGCAGGGACUCUUGAUCAGGGUGCGGGAUGCCUGAUUAUCUUUGAUGAUCCCAAGACUGAUGCUAUCUAUGAUGCAACACUGGAAACCAUUUCCAGUGUUGCUAAGGUUGUAGACAGUCUUUUUAUCAGAUCUGCAAAGAUUAUGGCCUGAUGAUGCGAGGAUUGGAUUUGAAAAUUGUAGGUCUGUCCGUCUGUCCAUUAGCCUUGCCUGUUUUGAUGGCAUGAAAAGCUCUUGCUUUCCGGAGUUGUAUGUCUUGUCCAUUAGCUUGGAAGUGAGAAGUUAUAGAAACUGAUGCUGAUUUCACAGUUCUGAUAUCAUCUCAGUUCUAGAUUGCUUUCAGAUUAUACCAGCUAAUGUCUACUUUGCUUAAUAACUUUUAAAGAGUUGCUUCUGGUUUUUAAUGUUUCUUUCCUCCUAUUAUAAAUUUGGAGGUGUAGUUUGAUGAUUGCAUCUUAAUUGAAUUAUUGUUUUCCA